AUGUCUUACAUGGUAUCCAACGCGGUUCCCAAGCAAAGUGAUGACGCCUCAGGGCCAGCCGCAUUCGCCAAAUGCUGCAGAAGGUAUCGCCAAAAGAAUCUGGUUCCUCCGGAUGUGACGGCACUGGAUAGUAUCAACAUUCUGGCUGAAGCGUGGAGUACCGAAAUCAAACCAGAAACAAUCAAGGCUUGCUUCAAAAAUGCAGGUUUUUCAAUCACUGAUGAUGAGGAGGAUCCCUUAGCUGUUUAUGAUGUGAAUACGGACGAUUCAGAAACCAAGUUUGAAUCAUCCACUUUGUUCACUGAGUAUUGUGCAGUGGAUAAAUUUGUGACGUAUUCUGACCAUAAGGAAGAUGUAGAUUUCGUAGAUUCGUCGCGAGCAAUUCUGCAAACAUACAAUCUUUCCGAUCGUCGUAAAACAAUCAUUAAAACAGAAGAUCAUAAAGUUGUCCCAUUAAUAGACUGUGCUGCCGCGGAGUCGGAUCAGUUAUUAAACCCAGUGGCAAAAUCAACACGAUCAAAAGGAAACUCUCACAGAAAGCGUAUUGGUAAAUGUUUGAAUAAUAAGUUGGAUCUUGCGUUGGUGCUUUACCUCCGUAGCAACAGGGACAACCGCGUUUGGAUAACACGAAAACAGGUACGACGAAAAGCCUUAGAAUACGCAGAAUAUUUAGGAAUUGACAACUUCAAGGCAAGUAACGGGUGGAGUAAGUGCUUUUUCAAAAGGUGUAAUAUAAACUUUGAUAAACUACCAGAUGAAAAUGCUAGUCAAGAAGAGCACAGCAUAGAGUCCCUAACACACCUUGUGUGGCAAUAUAAUAUAAGCGACGUGUUUAGCGGGGUCGAGACGGGCCUAUUUUAUAAAUGCUUACCCAACGAAAGCAAACAUUUUCAUGGUAGAAGAUGCAAAGAAGGAAAUCUUCCUGAACAACGUUUAACAAUCAUGUGCAUAACUAACAUGAACGGCUCAGAAAAAUUACCGCUUCUCGUGGUCGGAAACGACAAAAAUAUUAAAUGCUUCAAUAACGUCGACUUGCUGCCCGUAAUCUACCGGUGCAAUUCAAAAUCAUGGAUGACCUGGGUUCUAUUCCGAGACUGGAUGCUAAUACUCGAUAGGAAGUUUGCGGCAGAGCGACGGAAUGUACUGCUGUUCGUCGAGGAGAGUACCAUACAUCCCAAAUCACUACAAACGGAACUGAAAGCGAUAAACCUGCAUUUUUUGCCAGCAAAUAAUACUGCGCUACGAUUGCCAAUCAAAUUCGAUGUUAUUCAACUUUUAAAAAAGCAUUAUCGUCAGAAGCUAAUGAAGCAUGUGGAACAACGAGAUGGACGCGAAACGCUUUCUUCAGAGCCUACUGUGUUGGAUGGUAUCACUGUUCUUCGACACGUUUGGAACAAUCUUACAUCUAAAACAAUACAAAAUAGCUUCAAAGUAGCCGGCUUUCCCAUCAAUGACGAGGAUCCCUUAGCCGGUUUAUCCGAUUUCAACGAAACUGAUAAUAGCGGCUCAGAAAACGAUUCCAGCUCGAUUAAGUUUUCAAAAGAAGUGAGCGAAGUGGACUAUAAUCUGCGGACUCACGGACCUAUAAGUGAGUCAGAUAUUUUAGAAGGUGUUCUACAAGACCCAGAUUAGGAGCCAAAAGAGAAUUACCGAAAAUUAAUUCAUGCAAUGAAGAUAAAACAAUUCAAUGAAAUC